GAAUAUCGUGGAGCGAAGGAACGAAGUGGUUCCACAACUCCUCGUACUGUGAACGCGCUGGUUGUUGGGACACGCUUCCUCCUUCCUCUUGUGUUGACAAGGAGCUCGAUUUUUUAGUUGAGCCUCAGUCGAAAUUGUUCCGGUGAAGUGUUUGUUGCUGGGUGGUGUGAAUCGUUUAUAUUGAUCAGUCAAUGACAACAAGUAUUAGGCCAUGACAGUUGCAAACUAUUAGGGCGGUAGCAAGCGACAUGGUCCGAGAUUUGGUGAGAAUGCCCAAGGGAUUACCGGGGGUUGGGGCUGGAAGCCAAUCGGUGCGUUUUAGUGGUGCUUUGGUUCUGUUCCAAUACUGUUUGUAUUCUCUUCGGACGGCCGAUGCUCAAUUUGCUUGGACAAAUAUUCAGCAAGAGCGACAACCCAUCGAAGGUCAAGUGGAUCUUUGGACCGAGGCCGAGAGUGGAUGCUCGUGCUCGUACGAUGUCUUGGAUCAAAGCUGUGCGUGUUGUGUGCCACAAGGAGGCUGCCAUUGUGGAGCCAAGAGUCCGCAUCGAUGUGGACAGUGCGGUUUGGAACAGUUUUGUGAUAACAUGUGCAACAUCACCCUGACCUCUCGGGAUCUCGAAUCUCGGUCUGGCCAAGCUUAUGGAGAGAUCAAAUCCCCGAGUGCUUUGUCGGGGCCUGCUUUUUGUUGGUAUCGUUUCAUCCCCGAGCCGGGUCAACGAGUUGAGGUUCAAGUAUAUCGGAUCAAGCGAUUGGGAAAGAUCGAUCCCCAGUCUAUGAGCUGUGUUGGUGGCUUUAUGCAACUCAUAUCGGGCCUCCGAGGUCAAGAGGGCCUUCCAAGCGGAAAUCAUCUCAAAUAUCAUCCCUCUGAGCUGAGCAUUUGUGGACAGAACGAGCGAUAUUUCCCACCAUUAGUGCUCUUCCAAGAUGUCAAGGAUGCGUCCUCCGGAGAGGCCAAUGAGGCCACCUUAAUUUUCCGAGUGGAUGAGGUCACGUCGAGGUCGCAGUUCUUGGCCCACUACUCGUUUACUCCCAUUGAUAGCCUGGAGGACACAGCUGUGCAAUUGCGAGGAGCCACACCACUCACACGAAGUUUCAAUGACGAUGGGACAGAAAACACUGCUAAUGAUUGCACUUGGCUGUUUGAGGAAGAGAGCUGUCAAAAGGACGAGAGCUCUCUUCCCAAUCGUUUCCGAUUGCCCGAGUGUCAACUGGCUUCACCUGCCUACCCCGGGGUCUAUCCUCCUAAUCGAAGGUGCCAAUACCUCAUCAGACGUGGCCAGAAAUCCUCUUUCAUUAGACUCACCUUCACGCAUUUCAAUCUACCACCCGGGCAAUGCCAAACCCAUUAUGUAGCCGUGUACCGAGGCCGAACCAAUCGGGAUCCUCUCUAUCAAAAGCUCUGCGGAUAUGGAACACCUCAGUCGCAAACCCUUCUCUUCAAAGGAGAAGAGAAUAUCCUCGUGGAAUUCAGAUCGGGCGACAUCGUCCCGCCGAUCAAUUUCAAUGGAUUUGUUGCCAAACUCGAGUUUGUGGACGAGGCCGCCCAGGAGGCUGAGCGAAUGCAAAACAAUCAGUAUGGAUUGCCAAGAGGAGCCUCGAGUGACAGCCAUGGAUAUCUGGAGGAUCAUCAUGAUUCCCGUCAUCCACAAACACCGGAUCAAGAGGAAGUGUACGAUGAAAAUGAUUAUGACGAAGAUUAUGAGCACGAUUACGAUGAAGGAGACGACGAGGGUCUUGGCGAGGGGGCGGAGGAUCAGGACGAUGAUCAUGAUGAGGAUUAUGCCGAUGAUGAAGAUGGCGAGGAAACUCAGAUCCACCAUCAUCAAGAAUCCGUCUGGAAGCAGGAUCGCACUUCCGCCCAAAAGCCAAAACUAACAGGACAAAGUGGCUCGUGCAUCCAGGAAUAUUAUGGAAACCAAACUCGAUCGGGUCGGAUCAGUUCCAAUGAUUUGCAAUUAUCAGAUAACGAUGAGUGUACUCUCGUGUUCAAAGGAAACCCUGGGGAUGUCCUUGUGCUCCAACUCACCACGUUCAAAUUGCGAGGGAAAUCCUGCGAGGCCUCCAUCACCAUUUCAGUUCCAACUCAACUUUUGCGCCACCCAGGGGAGUCCAACAUAAUCGACAAGAUCUGCUCACCCGUCACCCAGAGGUUAAAUGAUCUGCAUGGUCGAGGACAUCAAAAUGAAGAUGGAUCGGAAGGUCGCAAAGACCACGAGCACCAACGAGAUCCCACCCAACCUCUUUUGGUGAACUUCAGCACCGUGAUGCUUAAUUUUAGAGCCCAUCGUCCUUCGAUUGACCGAUUUGAUGGGGUUUUCAAAUUCCAGCACGUUCUUUCUGAAGGAUUUCCAACGGCCAAUACCAGUUGUGACCGCGUGUUCCCGGGACGGACCAGCCCAGCCAAUGGUGCCAUAUUUGGGCCCCAAAACUGGAACCUCCUCCUCAGCGAGACCAUGCCCAAUUCCAAAGCCCUGAAGUGUUCCACUACUCUGAUUCCAGCCGAGUCACAGUCGGUGACCAUAAUGCUGAAAUCAUCCACACCCGAUGAUCGAGACUUGUGUGAGACCCAGUGUGACUACCAAGGAUGUCGUUGUCUCGUUGAUGGCUCGCUGGAUGAGACCAAACAUAUCUUGAUCACGGACAUAUUCAACGGAGUUAUCGGAUGCUUCUGCGGGGAUUUCAGCCACCUCUUGCCUCUGAGCAUCAUCAGCUCGGCCAGUCUCAUCUUGGUCUCCAAUGAGGGAUCCAGUUCUGGGCGACAUCGAAAACCCAAGCGAAGAAGCACCUUCAGUUACACGGCCAGCUACUCGUUCCACAAUGAAGAGACUUGUGGACCAAGGCGGAUCGCAUCCCCGCUAGGGAGCUUGGAAUCCCCUUUGUCGCACACGAAUGCUCAAUCGUAUUUCCCAAGUUCCACCUACUUCCAUCAACAUUGCCAAUGGUUCUUUGAUCCGCCACCGGCUCGACAACUUGUUUUGGAGAUUUCUACCACGGACAAUGCAGUGGAUUGUAACAUUUGGAACGCUACCAUCGGCAUCUGGGACGUGGACACUCCAACCAAAUUGGGGCCCAAAAUCGAUCGGUUCUGUCCCGAAAUCAUGUCCAAGGAAUAUGUCCUCGACACCACGAAUAAGAAGAUAGCCAUCAGUCUCCAGUCGCUAUCAUCAAGACCGAUUCAUUAUCGCAUAGCGUGGGAAACACGUGGUUAUCUCUCCAGGAACAGCGUCCUGUCUGCAGGAUCCAAGGAACCUAUUGGAAACAAGUACUAUCCUUCCAUAUCUUCCUCAGGUCUUCUUGGUCACAUCCACUCCCCUGGAGGAAACCUCGCGAUGCUGGUUUCAGGAGCAUUUCUGUCAGCCAUAGCUUCUUCAAUGUUGUGUCUGUGAUUGGCCCCCCACCCACCCUCCCCUCUCUUUAAAGUAUUCGAUCUUAACGGCAGUGGCUUCCGAAAUUGGUCCUCCCUCUGAAGGGCUCUGAAGUUGCAUGGACCCGAAGUCGAAUAAUCAAGAUGGCUAGUCAACCCUUCCCCUAACUCCUUCGUAUGGCUGUGACGAUGAUUUCCUCUUCAAUAAAUUGAGGUUCCUCUUCAAUAACUGGUGCGUCAGUUCUAAGCAGAUGGAUUGGCUUAGGCUUCUGAAUUAUGAAAUAGGUCUCAAGAUGAACCGCUCGUACGUACGUAGAGAAUGAUAAUGAUAAUACUGUUGUACAAAACUAGUGAUUCAUGCGGGUUCUGUACUCUCUGUUGUUGGGCUGAGAAGUAAUGUGUCCAUCAAUCUUUUACCUUCAGUGAAGAAUGUUUUGAAAUAAAACCCCAUUGUUACCCCUUCGA